GAAGGAGGAGCAUCAGAGUCCAACAGGGACUGAGAGUGAGGAGGGGAUGAAGAGAAUGUGAGAGAGAUAAAUCAGUUACAUGACUCAGGUUAGUUCAGAAAGCUGCCAGAGCUGCAGCUAUCUGCAGAUCUCUGCAGAUGGAGGUUGAGGACAGAGCCCAGCUCUGCUUUCCACAGUUCCCAAACACCUCCUGCAGAAAGCCCUUGUCUCCUUGGCCCCAAACAGUUACCAUUAUGCUGUACUCCAUCUCUCUGAUCACUGUGGCUCUCGACCUGCUCAUCAUCAUCUCUAUCUCCCACUUCAGGCAGCUCCACACACCCACCAACAUCCUCCUCCUCUCUCUGGCUGUCUCAGACUUUCUAGUGGGCCUCGUAGUGAUGCCGGGAGAAAUCCUCCGAAAAUCAUCCUGCUGGUUUCUUGGUGACUUUGUGUGUGCUAUGUACAUUUUUUUUUCAGUCAUCAUUCCCACAUCCUCAAUAGGUGACAUGGUGCUCAUAUCAGUUGACCGUUAUGUGGCUAUUUGUGACCCUCUGCAUUACUCCACCAGGAUCACUGACAACAGAGUUAAACUCUGUGUUUGUCUGUGUUGGUUCUGUUCUGUUUCCUACAGCUUUCUCUUUGUUAAGGAUGAACUGACUCAACCGGGGUGGUUUAAUUCCUGCUACGGAGAAUGUGUGUUGGUCAUUGACUUUGUUUUAGGAGGUGUAGAUGUUGUUUUGUCCUUUCUUGUUCCAGUUACUGUCAUAAUAGCUCUGUAUCUGAGAAUAUUUGCCGUGGCUGUGUCUCAGGCUCGUGCCAUGCGCUCUCACAUUACAGCUGUCACACUCCAGCUUUCAGUGACUCCAAAGGCAAAGAAAUCAGAGCUGAAAGCAGCCAGGAAUCUUGGUGUUCUUGUAGCUGUUUUUCUAAUAUGUUUCUGCCCAUAUUACUCUGUCUCUCUUGCAGGUGACAGCUUGGUCAGUGCUUCAUCUGCAUCCUAUGUUCUCUUUGUGUACUAUUCUAACUCUUGUCUAAACCCUGUGAUCUAUGCCUUGUUUUACCCCUGGUUUAGAAAAGCAGUUAAACUCAUUAUUACUCUUCAGAUCCUGCAGCCUGGCUCCUGUGAGACCAACAUGCUGUAGAGAGACUGUGGAGGGACUCAGAUCAGACUUGGUCU